ACUACGUAUAAGAAGUUCGUCACCCCCCCUCCCCCGAGACUUUCUUCCCACACUCUCCACUGCCUAAAUAAGUAGACAGCAAACACCUCUUGAAGAGGAUAGCAAUAGUAGAACACAUCCCUACCACACUCCACAUCCAUCACAAUGUCCAACCUCCCCACUGAGCCCGAGUUCGAGCAGGCCGUCCACGAGAUCGCCUCGACCAUUGAGCCUUUCCUUGAGUCGCACCCCGAGUACCGCCGCGCCUUCGAGAUCGUCCAGAUCCCCGAGCGUAUCAUCCAGUUCCGUGUCACCUGGGAGCGCGACGACGGCACCGUCGCCGUCAACCGCGGUUUCCGUGUCCAGUUCAACUCGGCCCUCGGCCCUUACAAGGGUGGUCUCCGUCUCCACCCCACCGUCAACCUCUCGGUCCUCAAGUUCCUUGGUUUCGAGCAGAUCUUCAAGAACGCCCUUACCGGCCUCUCGAUGGGUGGUGGUAAGGGUGGUUCCGACUUUGACCCCAAGGGCAAGUCGGACGCCGAGAUCCGCCGCUUCUGUUACGCCUUCAUGCUCGAGCUUUCGCGCCACAUUGGUGCCGACACCGACGUUCCCGCCGGUGACAUUGGUACCGGUGGCCGUGAGAUCGGUUUCCUCUUCGGUGCCUACAAGCGCUACCAGAACGAGUUCGCUGGUAUCCUUACCGGCAAGGGCGAGGACUGGGGAGGAUCGUUCAUCCGUCCCGAGGCUACCGGCUACGGUCUCAUCUACUACGUGACCGAGAUGCUCCGCGACCUCGACAACACCGACUGGGUUGGCAAGCGCGUCAUCAUCUCGGGCUCGGGCAACGUUGCCCAGUACGCCGCCCUCAAGGUUAUUGAGCUCGGCGGCAAGGUCCUCACCUUCUCCGACUCGACUGGUUCGCUCGUCGCCACCGACGGCGAGGGCUUCACCCCUGCCGACAUUGCCGCCAUUGCCGACAUCAAGCUCCGCCGCCAGCCCCUCACUGCCUUCCAGCACUCCGGCCAGUUCGAGUGGCACGAGGGCAAGCGCCCCUGGACCCUCGUCGAGAAGGCCGACGUCGCCCUCCCCUCUGCUACCCAGAACGAGGUCAACGCCGAGGAGGCCAAGGCCCUCAUCGCCGCCGGUGUCCGCUACGUCGCCGAGGGCUCCAACAUGGGUUGUGAGCAGGAGGCCAUCGACAUCUUCGAGGAGUCGCGCAAGGGCCGCGAGUCGCUCCACGAGACUGAGGGCGUCUGCUACUACGCUCCCGGCAAGGCCGCCAACUGUGGUGGUGUCGCCGUCUCGGGUCUCGAGAUGGGCCAGAACUCGCAGCGUCUCAAGUGGUCGCACACCGAGGUCGACGCUCGCCUCAAGGACAUCAUGGUCACUGCCUACACCAACUGCCGUGAGACCGGCAAGACCUACGUCAAGGACUCGGCUGUUCCUUCGCUUGUUGCCGGUGCCAACAUCGCUGGCUUCGUUAAGGUCGCGCGAGCCAUGCGUGAGCAAGGAGACUGGUGGUAAUCCACUCGUCUCGAAGACGACGUCUCGACGAAGACGAUCUCGAAGACUGCCGGCGCGUGGUCGAUAUGUCAUUAGAAACCGCCCGGGAGCACUGGCGUGCCCCGAGUUCACUAGCAUUGGUUUGCUGUAGGCCUUUACUCAUAUGCAGCUGUAGUAUAGCACGGAG